AUGACCACAAAUUAAGACUAUAAAAACCAAGUUAAUGAAUAACUAGAUACAAUGACUUCAACACCUUGUAGGUAGCAAUUUUACUAAUUUCAGAAUUAGCAGUAAAUUAAUUUACAGAACAAUCAGUACUAGCAAAACUAGCUUCAAACAUAGCAAUAGCAAUUGGGACCAUAUCGUAUACCUCUUCGAUAAGACUGGAAUGUAAAUACUCAUCCAGUGUUUGAGACCUAAAACAUGCAGCUAUACUAUGAUCAAACAAUGAAUCUAUAAGAUUCGGCUUAAAUAAUUGGAAAAGUAAAUGAAAUAGCUAUUGGAAUGGGUUUUAAAGUUUACAGGCAUUCUGAAGAUUGCAAGAUUAAUAAAAAGGAACAAAGUUUGAUUCUUCUAUGCCAAUAGUAUCCUUAAUAAAGAUGUCCAUUUAGAUUAAUUUAUUGCAGAGAGACAGACGAUAGUGCAAUAAGGGAUGGAAAUCUUUUUGGAAUAGGAGAUUACAGACUGGCAAAAUACAGACCUGAGCAUAAUCAUAAAAUGAAUUAGUAAAUUUUAAAUUAGACCUAUGGAAACGGACACUUAACUCUCAAUAGUAAUGUAAAAACAUAAUAGAUUGAGGUUUCUGAGUAGCCCUAGACUUAGAAUGGGCCUAAUAAAAAUCAAAAUAGCUAAAAGCCAAACGAAAAUUAAGAAAAUUAGUAGGUAUUAAUAAAAAGAACGCCAGAUAAAAAACUCUCUUGUAUGACUAAAAAUUCAUAAAACUACUCAUAAAAAUCUAAUAAUUCUCAGAUAUCAAAUAAAAGUAGCAACAGACCAUUGCCAAGUGUAUAAAUAUUUCAUGUUUAAAGCACAGCUCACAGUUUAGAUAGGAUAUAGAAGAAAUCUAUAGAAAAUACUCAUGAAAUUAAUCAAGAAUUUGAUGAAAAUUAAAGUUAAUUUAUAGAUUAGUAGGGAUCUACUACAAUCAAAGACAAUAUUAAAGUCAAAGUUUAAUAUGAUAGUCAAUAAGAUGAUGAAAAUAAAGUUGAUGAAGAAACGGAUAUUGAAAAUGAAAAUGAGGAUGAUGAAAAUUUAGAUGAUUUGUGA